UUCGGUACCGGCUCUUUCCGUGGAGAUCUAGAUGUAGACGGUAAGCGGAGCUCACAGUGGGAGACUGUUGUCGCCUUUGCGCCAUGGAGGACUGCUGCUCCCCGGAAAGCGAGAGGAUGGAAGCGUGGCUGGACGACCACUUGGAGUUCACCCACUCCUACUUUAUGAGGAAGGCGACAAGGGAUAUGGUGAAUGCCUGGUUUGCUGAGCGUGUCCACUCCAUCCAGCCAUCUGCCUCCAAAGAAAAUCCUCCACAGCAGCGUUUCCACCAGUCCUCCACAGACUCCGCCCCCCCAUCUGCCUCCACCAUCCUCCCACCUACCCUCAGCUUCCUGGACAAUCGUUGCCCAUCCCCAGGUUCAGUCCCCAGCCCGGCCCCCGGCACCCCAACGCGCAAAAUCUCAGCAUCCGAAUUCGACCGUCCACUCAGACCCAUCGUGGUUAAAGACUCCGAGGGCUCCCUGACAUUUCUGAGUGACACCGACCGUGAAACUGUCCCUCUCCGAGGCUCAGUGAUGGGUGAAGGUGGUGUGGGUGGGGGAGGUAAUGGAAGUGGAUGCAGUGUGGCAGGUAUUGGAAGUGGGGGUGACCGCUGCGCCAGGCUGCUGGAGCUGGUGAAGGACGUGUCAAGUCAUCUGGAUGUGACAGCACUCUGUCACAAGAUCUUUCUCCACAUCAAUGAGCUGAUCGCUGCAGACCGCUACUCAUUGUUCCUGGUGGGCGAGGACAGCUCCAACAGGAAGUUCUUGGUUAGCCGUUUGUUCGAUGUAGCUGAGGGAUCCACACUGGAGGAGUCCUCCAGUAGCUGCAUACGCCUGGAGUGGAACAAGGGCAUUGUGGGACAUGUGGCAGCCACGGGACAGCCUCUCAAUAUCAGGAACGCGUACGAGGACCCCAGGUUCAAUGCUGAGGUGGAUCUGAUCACAGGUUACAAAACCCAGAGUAUCCUUUGCCUUCCCAUCAAGAACCACAGAAACGAGGUAGUUGGAGUGGCUCAGGCUAUCAAUAAAAAAUGUGGGGAGGACAGUGCCUUCAGUGAACAGGAUGAAAAGGACUUCUCAGCCUAUCUGGCCUUUUCAGGCAUUGUCCUGCACAACGCUCAGCUCUAUGAGACAUCGCAGCUGGAAAACAGACGCAAUCAGGUGCUGUUGGACCUGGCCAGCCUGAUCUUUGAGGAGCAGCAGUGUCUUGAGGUUUUACUGAGGAGGAUCGCGGGAACCAUCCUGUCCUUUAUGCAGGCCCAGGCUUGUACCGUCUUUAUUGCUGACGACGACUCUAUGAACUCCUUCUCCAGUGUCUUUCACAUGGAAUAUGAGGAGCUGGGUGAAGUCCUGGACACCCCCAAGAGGGACUGUGAUGUCAGUCAGAUUAACUACAUGUAUGCCCAGUAUGUUAAAAACACCAUGCAGCCCCUCAACAUUGCAGACGUCACCAAGGACCAACGCUUCCCUUGGACAAGGGAAAACCCAGAUCACACCAGCAACCAGAUAAAGAGUUUGCUCUGCACUCCCAUCAGGAAUGGCAAGAAGGACAAAGUCAUCGGUGUAUGUCAGUUGGUGAACAAGAUGGAUGAAGCAUCUGACAGCGUGAAGGCCUUCAACAGGAACGAUGAGCAGUUCCUGGAGGCAUUUGCCAUCUUCUGUGGUCUCGGCAUCCAAAACACACAGAUGUAUGAAACAGUGGAGAGAGCCAUGGCCAAGCAAGAGGUCACCCUGGAGGUCUUGUCGUAUCACGCUUCAGCCGCAGAGGAAGAAUCGCGGGAACUCCAGGUAACGACGGUCGCCACAGUGCCGUCAGCCCAGUCGUUGCGUCUCCUGGACUUCAGCUUCAGUGACUUUGACCUGACAGACACGGAAACUACGCUGGCUACUAUUCGUAUGUUUGUUGACCUCAACCUGGUCCAAAACUUCCAGAUGAAGUACACGAGUUUGUGCCAGUGGAUUUUGAGUGUGAAGAAGAACUACAGGAAGAAUGUGGCUUACCACAACUGGAGACAUGCCUUCAACACUGCCCAGACCAUGUUCACCCUUCUUAAGUCAGGACGCUUACAGAAUAACCUGAGUGAUCUGGAGGUCUUGGCUCUGAUGAUUGCAACUCUUAGCCACGAUCUAGACCACAGAGGAGUCAACAACUCCUACAUACAGAGGAGUGACCACCCACUUGCCCAGCUCUACUGCCAUUCCACCAUGGAGCAUCACCACUUCGACCAGUGCCUCAUGAUCCUCAACAGCUCUGGAAACCAGAUCCUGAGCGGCCUCUCCCUGGACGAGUACAAGGCCACUCUGAAGAUGAUCGAGAGGGCUAUUCUGGCCACUGACCUGGCCCUGUAUAUGAAGAGGCGUGGCGAGUUCUUUGAGCUCACCAAGAACAGUCAGUUUGUUUGGGAGGACGAACAUCACAGAGACUUACUGAGGUCAAUGUUGAUGACUGCAUGUGACAUCUCAGCCAUCACCAAGCCCUGGCCAGUGCAGAAAAGGAUUGCGGAGCUGGUAGCCACGGAGUUCUUCGAGCAGGGGGAUAAGGAGAGACGAGAGCUUAACAUUGAGCCCAGUGACCUGAUGAAUCGUGAGAAAAGUGAUAAGAUACCCAGCAUGCAAGUGUCUUUCAUUGAUGCAAUCUGCAUUCAGUUAUAUGAGACCCUGGCUGGCAUGUCGGAGUAUUGCUCCCCCUUGUUGGAAGGAUGUCAGAAGAACCGGCAUAAUUGGAAGUGCUUGGCUGAGGAGUGCGAGAAGGGGACAGGAAAUGGCUUUGUGUGAUCCCAAUAGUAGUGUGGUUUCAAUCCAACACAAAUAUCCAGGAUUCACCCUGUCCAAUUUGUCCAACUGGUCUCUCAAAAUUUCAUGAAAUUAGCAUGAUAUCAAAAAGGACAAAUAAAAUGAUUAGUGUGCAGAAAGUGGCUUUAAAAUGAAUUUCCCUACCUCAAAAAAAUAAUCAGGUAAAAUAAACCCGACUAGGUUGGUUUGACAGCUACUUUAAAGCAGAUUCAGGCUUGAACUUAUGGCAAGAGUUUUUAUAACAUAUUAAGAAUAAUUGUGGUUUCUGACAAUUUUAGGCCCAUUAUCAUAGGUUUGUCCAUCAUUCCCAUCUGUUAUAAUAGAGUAUAUAAAGUACUCACCAAGUUACUCACUAAGGUCUGGGACUGCAGUGAUAUCACCAGACUAAUAGCCAUGCUACCUGCUAGCUUUCCUUAAAUGCUCAAACAUGCUAGCAGGUUAACAAGGACCAUGCUUUUUUAUUCUCAUUUUAACUUUUUUUUCUUGACCUCAACUUUUUUCUCGUUAUUUUGACUAUUUUCUCGUUAUUUGGACUUUUUUUUCGUGACUUCGACUUUUUUCUUCUUAUAUUGACUUUUUUCUCUUGCCUUCGACUUUUUUCUUCUCAUUUUCACUUUUUUCUCUCCACUUCAACUUUUUUCUCGUUAUUUUGACUUUUUUCUUCUCGUUUUGACUUCUUUUUCAUUAUUUUGACUUUUUUUCAUUUUCACUUUUUUCUUGUGACUUCGACUUCUUUCUAGUUAUUUUGACUUUUUCUUCAUGACUUCAACUUUUUUUCUCGUUAUUUUGACUAUUUCCUUGUUAGAUAAGUGUCAGUAGGUACCGUCAGUGUUUCCCAUGUUAUUAGUUUGCUUGUUAGCAUGCUAGCAGCAUGGGUCUUUGGAUGGUAAUGUUAGUCUGUUUUUGCUAGCUUUACCCUGAGACUAAAGAAAGCCAUCUUCUUCAAACUAUUUUGGAAGAGAAAACAACUUAUGCAAAUGAGUAGCAAUGUAACGGCAUUCAAAGAACUCAGCAAAAAACUCUGAGUUCAUAUCAUAACAAAUCUGUGAGAAAAAGUUGUUGUAUCCCUUAGCAUGAAACUUUAAACUAAUUGUUACAUUGUCUUAAGUUCCCAUUACAAAGAGGUGAAAAUGACCAUUUUCUGCUCGUAACAUAAUCCUUGUUUCAGAGGUCAUGCUCAUUUCACCAAACUUUAUGAGACUUUUCUUCCUGUCAUCACAAUGUUUUAUGGCUG